AUGCCGAAUAAUGGUUCUGAAGCGCCCUCUGAGCAUUUGACUGCUAUUCCCGAUGAUCUCUUGGAGGUUGCUGACGAAGAUCCAUGGCUCGAGGAACUGAAGACUUGCGUCCACGCUAUGCGCGAGUGGGAGCCACAAAGUCAGGAUAUUAUCUGCUCGCCUAUCGGAACAGCUCUUCCGCAGCUCGCGCAUCACGAAUCAUUCUACCAGCGGCUUUUUGCACCAGCAUUUCAACUUGGUUUCAAAUUAGUUGAUGAAUACAAUAAUACAUUCGCUACUGCGAGACAUUUCACUCACGGAGACCUCAUUGCUCAUAACAUCUUAAUCAAUGAAGAUGGACACUUGGCUGGCUUUCUCGACUGGGAAUCCGGAGGUUGGUAUCCCGAAUCUUGGGAGUACAAGACAGCAAUGCGCUUCGGGAGAGACAGCUGGUGGUAUCAGGUUACUAUGUGGAUGGGUGGUGAUGAGUAUCGAGAAGAGCAAGAAUCAGAUAGAGCGCUGAACUGUUUGACGGGGGACUCUUGCAUAGCUUUUUGA